UGGUAAAAAAAAAAAGUCCAAAUGAAAAUAAAAUAUAACAGUUCAAGACAGUAACGUCAUCUCUCUACCAACAUUCGUUUCUCAACUCAGCUGACACACCGCAACGCCGUCGCCGUUGCCGCCGCCAAUGGGUGCCGGAGAGCCUGUGGUGGUUGAGAAAGAGAAUGAAACCGUGGUUGGAGCAAAGAAGGAGGAAGACUUGGAGAAAGGGGAAGUGGAUGUUGAAGAAGAGAGAAAGGUUCAGAGCAAUGAUGUUGUGGAUGAUCAAAGUUAUGAUCAUGAAGAAUCUCAUCUCGCAGGUUUCCACAGGUUGAACCCCACGAACCCUUUGAGAAUUGUGAUCAAUAGUUCCACAAGAGCUGCAACUCCUUCUGCUGCUCAAUCUCAACGUCCUCACACUCAAACGCGCUCCACUCCAACCCCACUACAGCAACCCGAAGUAGCGAAUCUGAAUUCGAGAAAAUAUACCAACAAAAUAUCCUUGUUUCUCUUUGUUCUCCACUUGUUUAUAGCUGUUGCGUUGGUGUGCUUUCUUGUGUUCAAGGGAGUUCAAGGGCUUAUCCAAGAAUCGGAAUCUACCAAGAGGAAAGAGAAAGACGUGUUAAAGUAUUUUCUUCCACAAGUGGAGGCUUCAUCUUUUAUGAGCAUAAUCCUUGCGUUCAUUUGGCAAGGGGCGAUCAGGAAAUGGCCCACUUUGAUGCUUCAUUUCAUACUUUGGUUUACUUUUGUUAUGUCUCUGGCUGCUGGGAUUCUCCUUAUUUGCUUUCAAAAGCCUGCCACCGAUGGUGUUGGAGUGUGUUUCAUUGCUUUUGCAAUUGGCAAUGGCUUAUAUGCUUGUUGGGUUAGUCACAGAAUUAAGUUUUGCUGUAAGGUCUUGAGUCUGUCUCUUCAACCUGUGUCCAAAUUCCCUGAUCUGAACAAACCCACAUAUCAUGUUCUUGGGGUUGGAUUCUUGUGGAUAUCUCUGUGGAUUUUAGCUGUGGUUGGAGCACUAAACUUCUAUUUUCCUCCUUUAACCAUCAUUCUGUUGGUGCUGAGUUUGCAAUGGACUACUGAGGUCAUGAGGAAUGUCGUUAACAUCACUGUUAGUAGGGCCAUUGCUUUGUAUUACCUCAGAGGAAUGCAAUCUAACACCCAAUUUUGUUUUCUAAGAGCUCUGACGCGGAAUCUUGGAAGUGCUUGUUUGGGGUCUCUCUUUGUGCCUGCAAUUGAGGCCCUGAGGAUUGUUGCACGGGGACUCAAUUUGCUUGAGGGAGAAGAUGAAUUCAUGUUCUGCUGUGCUCGUUGUUGUUUAAGAGUCAUGGAUUCCGUUUUCAGAAAUGGCAAUGGCUGGGCAUAUGUUCAGAUAGCAGCAUAUGGAAAAGGGUUUGUGAAGGCAUCUCGAGACACUUGGGCCCUCUUUGAGAAGGAAGACAUGGUGUCAAUUGUAGACUCUGAUAUAACCAGCUCAAUUUGCUUCCUCACAGGAGUUUGCAGCGGCUCUAUUUGUGUCAUUGUUGUAGCUGCUUGGACCCAUACAGUACACCAAUCUUUCACAGCUACCUUAUCCCUCCUCACAUUCCUCAUUGGAUACCUUUUGACCAGAAUUUCCAUGGCAGUGCCUCAUGCCUGUGUGAGCUGUUACUAUGUAUGCUAUGCUGAGAAUCCAGACAAUAGAUUGUUUGAUAAAACAAUUAAGGAUCGCCAAGGCUUGUUAAAAACUGGCCGUGAUGUGGUUCCAACACCAAGGGGAUUCAGGAGGUAUACGAGGAACUGAUCCAACUUCAAAGUUCUUAUCUGGCUUCUCUAUUUUCAUUGAUUUUGCAGACAUGGUUUGCUAGACCGUGUUGUGUCCAAAAGGGUUGAAAAAUUGGAGUGAAAACCAAACCAUGGUGAUGGUUUUGUUGAGAAUGAUCUGGUUGGCACAAAGGUGGAGGGUUAUCAACAUGGCCACUGCAGAAAGUGAUUUGUGGCCCCCUCUCUGUACUGAUAUGUAUAGUUUUUUGCAUAUAUACUUUUAGGAUAUUCGUUAGGUGAAGUUAUUUAUUGUAUCAUGUGCGUAGAAGCCACUAACUUUUUAUUUAAUUAUUCUUGCAAGUGUUCCACGACAAAAAUCAAAACCGAGUUAUUGCA